CUCAUCCGCGCGCGGCGACUACGCUCAUACAAGGGGAAAAAAAGCGUGUGAGGUGCUUGCCGUGCCGCGAAACUUCGAGCGCAGACGCCUUGUCACCAGCAGACUCUGCGACGUGACUCAAGGGACGCGCCUGUCCCUAUCGUCGCGACUUUCGCCUCACGUGCGUGGUUCAUCCGUGGCUCGGCCUUACUGUAGACCAUGGCCCUGGUUUCUGCUGACUCCCGGAUUGCAGAACUUCUCACAGAGCUCCACCAGCUGAUCAAACAAACCCAGGAAGAACGUUCGAGGAGUGAGCACAACCUAGUGAAUAUCCAGAAGACGCAUGAGCGGAUGCAGACGGAGAACAAGAGGAGCUCUUCGGAGCCAACCAAGAUCAGAUCUCAGUCCACGGCCUCCCAGCGCCUCCCACAGUCUCAUCCCAGAGUCCCGGACGCUGUGGCCUGUUCCUGCCAGCCUUCCCUCACCCCCGCCUCCUCCUCCUGUCUUCACUCCACAGUCUCUCCCUACUACCGGACAAAGCUGCGGGGCCUCUACACCACCGCCAAGGCUGAUGCAGAGGCCGAGUGCAACAUCCUCCGGAAGGCCCUAGAUAAGAUCGCUGAAAUCAAAUCUCUGCUGGAAGAGAGACGCAUAGCCGCCAAGAUCGCGGGCCUGUACAACGACUCGGAGCCCCCUCGGAAGACCAUGCGUCGGGGCGUGUUGAUGACCCUGCUGCAGCAGUCGGCCAUGACCCUGCCCCUGUGGAUCGGGAAGCCCGGUGACAAGCCCCCGCCCCUCUGCGGGGCCAUUCCCGCCUCUGGGGACUACGUGGCCAAGCCAGGAGACAAGGUGGCCGCGCGGGUGAAAGCCGUGGAUGGGGAUGAGCAGUGGAUCCUGGCCGAGGUGGUCAGCUACAGCCACGCCACCAACAAGUAUGAGGUCGACGACAUUGACGAAGAAGGCAAAGAGAGACACACGUUGAGCCGGAGGCGGAUCAUCCCGCUGCCCCAGUGGAAGGCCAACCCCGAGACGGACCCAGAAGCCUUGUUCCAGAAGGAACAGCUUGUGCUGGCCCUCUACCCCCAGACCACCUGCUUCUAUCGCGCCCUCAUCCACACGCCCCCGCAGCGGCCCCAGGAUGACUACUCGGUCCUGUUUGAAGACACCUCCUAUGCAGAUGGCUACUCCCCUCCCCUCAAUGUGGCCCAGAGGUACGUGGUGGCUUGUAAGGAGCCCAAGAAAAAGUGAAGCGAGUUGGCUGACACGAACUCCUGCCAAUCCCAGGGGAAUGUGAAAGAUUUUUGUGACCAAAUAAAUCUUUCCCCUUGCCUGUG